AUGACAGACAAAUUACCGCCAAAUCUACUAGCACUCUUUGCACCGCGACCGCCCCUUCCGUACGCAAAGCCUCUAGAUCGAGACCCGACGAAACGAAAGGGUCGUCAGAUAUCAGGUAUUGGACAGUACGUCGGUCUCUUGUCAAACUAUGAUCCUGAUUAUGUGCCUACUGAGACUGUUGAGGAGAAGAAGAAACGAAAGCUUGAAGAGAAAAAGCAAAAGGCUGAAAAUGCCAUCAAAAAAGGACUUGAAGAAUGGGAUCCUAACAAAGAUAUGAAUGUGACAGGAGAUCCAUACAAGACAUUAUUCGUCGCGAGGAUGAGCUACGAUAUCACAGAAAAAGACUUAAGGCGUGAAUUUGAAAUGUACGGGCCUAUUGAGAAUAUACGUAUUGUAAAGAAUAAAAUUAACAGUGAACCGCGAGGAUACGCGUUUAUUGAAUUCGAAAGAGAAAAAGACAUGAAGGCCGCCUACAAAGAUGCUGAUGGUGUGAAAUUAUUGGGUCGUCGUAUUCUGGUUGAUGUAGAACGUGGUAGAACUGUUAAAGGCUGGAGACCUCGUCGUCUUGGAGGCACACGAAUCGGUGGUCCAGAUCAAAAUCAGAAAUACUCUGGACGAGAAGGAUCCUAUAUGAUGCACACCGCGAGCAGCACUUUGCCCAACGGAUCUAGUAGUUACGACAGAGAUUAUCGUGGAUACUCCUCCCGCAGCGGCGGUAAUGGAUAUGGCGGUGGGUAUGGAGGUAGCAGUAGUGGAAGAUAUGGUGGUGUUGGAAGCAGUAGUCGUCAUGGCAGUGGAUAUGAUCGUGAUUAUAGACGCCGUAGUAAUCGCAGUCGUUCACGAAGUCCAUACAAGGAGGAUAGGUAUGGUUCGAAAGGAAGGGAUCGGGAUCGAAGACGAGAACGUCGUUGA